AUGGCGUCCCAGGUCAGGAAUAAUCUGUCGGAUUCGACAAGCUUGAUUGAAUUCAUGAAAUGGUUCAGUUAUGAUGACAGUUGUGUUUUGACACGUUCAAUACUACAGAUGGUUAUAUAUCCCCUUGAUGAUAAUGUUUUGGGAACUCAACCUACUGCUCUUUUUGUGGAAAGAUCACUAAAAAACACGGUGCUUCCGCUUGCUUUAAUGCCACACACGCCUUUGUAUGAUAAUGAGGAUUGUCGUAAAGCUGUUGAAGAAUUUACAAUGAAUACGACGAGGGUCAUGCUCAAUUUGUAUCAGAACUUUGGUGAGUAA